UGCCUCUCUCCUUCAUAGGGGGAGUCUGUCAAGUUUGUGUGAAGUUCUGAAAAGUUGUCAACCCGAAAAAAAGAGCAGAGAAACUCCUCCCGUCUUCAAAUUAUGAGCAAUCAGCAGCAGGGUGAAAUGGCCGCUGCGGAAAGCGGCGGAGGCUACAGUCAAAAGCGAAACACGAAUUCACAAGACUCACAGCAGCCAUCUCCGCUUGCCUUGUUGGCUGCCACGUGUAGUCGAAUUGACACCCCAGGAGAGAACGAUUCACCUGCAGAUCAAAACCAGCAGCAACAGCUGGACCUAAACCACGGUGUUUUCACCUCCGGUGCCAACGGCUGGCAGGUUAUCCCUCUUGGGGUUCACACAACCUCCGGUACCAACACCAUCACCACCGACUCCUCGGGGGUGAUGACAUCAGACAUAGGCAAGAGUAGACAGGUGAUGUCACCCUCGGCAGCUAUAGUGAGUACUCAGGGACAGCAGCAGCAUCAUCAGCCACAGCAAUAUGUAGUAGCUCAGGCUCCAUCGAUGCAGGGUCAGCAGAUGCUUACUACCAUAUCAGGUAUGAUGCCCAACAUUCAGUACCAAGUUAUUCCCCAGUUUCAGACAGUAGAUGGCCAGACGCUGCAGUUGGCACAUACUCAGCAGGAUUCUGCUGUAUCUUCCGCUGCAGGACAAGGCCAGCAGUUUCAGAUAGUAUCAUCUGCCAAUGGCCAGCAGAUCAUCGCUGCGACCAACCGAGCUGGUGCUGCAGGAAACAUCAUAACGAUGCCCAGUCUCCUUCAGGGAGCCAUCCCCAUACAAAAUAUAAGCUUAGGCAACGGGAUGUUACAAAACCAGCCCCAGUUCCUGGCAAAUAUGCCCGUGUCGCUAAACGGAAACAUUACUUUUUUGCCCGUCAGCACUGGAACAAACGGAGGGGGAGAGGCAAACGGUGGAGGGGAUACAGGGGGAAACCAUCUUAUACAGCAGCAUCCAGUGUCCAGUGGGGCGGGCUACAUGACAAGUGCAUCCACUGUCACCACACAAGCCGCCUCUUCAUAUGGAAUGACUCAAACGCAGAACAGCAAUGGCGUGGUGACUGGGACAUUCCAGCAGAACACUCUGGGUGUCCCGAUACAGCCGGACAACAGAGACGGGCAGCAGCCGCAACAAAUCCUUAUUCAGCCUCAGCAGGUCAUCCAAGGGGGAACAUCCCUCCAGACCAUCCAGGCUGGUACUGUUGCCACCUCUGGCGCUCAGGUAUUUGCAACGCCGACUCUCAGCCAGGAAGGGCUUCAAAAUCUUCAAAUAAUGCCGAAUACAGGCCCCAUCUUCCUCCGUACGGUAGGCCCCAAUGGCCAGGUGAGCUGGCAGACCAUUCAGAUCCAGAGUCCGACAGGACCACAGAUCACGCUGGCCCCGAUGCAAAGUCUCCCCCAACUUGGCCAAAGUUCCUCUGGAGCUGGAGGAGUAUCUGUUAACACGGUACAGAUCCCAGGUAUCCAAACCAUAAAUCUCAACGCACUCGGAGGUUCUGGGCUGCAGAUGCAUCAGCUGCAGACCGUUCCCAUCACCAUCACCAGCUCAGGAGGAGAACAAGGGUUGCAGGCAGGCGGAGACAGUUUGGACGAGAGCACAGCAAUGGAUGAGGGGGAUAUAAGCCCACAACCUCAAGGGCGGCGCAACCGCAGGGAAGCCUGUACCUGCCCCUUCUGCAAGGACGGAGAGGGACGGGACCCAACUAAGAAGAAGCAGCACAUUUGUCACAUCUCUGGCUGUGGGAAGAUCUACGGAAAGACCUCUCACCUGAGGGCCCACUUGCGUUGGCACACGGGAGAGCGACCUUUCGUCUGCAGCUGGUCCUUUUGUGGCAAACGAUUUACCCGUUCGGAUGAGCUUCAGCGCCAUAAGAGGACGCACACAGGUGAAAAAAGGUUUGUUUGUACCGAGUGUCCUAAACGCUUCAUGCGCAGCGAUCACCUCUCCAAGCACAUCAAAACCCACCUGAACAAGAAAGCAGCCAUCGCCAGCAAUAGCGUGAUCUCAACCGACGCCGCUUCCCCUUCAGAGGACACGAAAGGCAGCACAGGAAACAUGUCAGCCAGUGACCAGCACACCAUCGUCACCAUGGAAACCUUAUCUCCAGAGAGCAUAGCCCGGUUAGCCAACAGUGGGAUCAACAUGAUGCAAGUGGACCUUCACCAAAUCAAUGCCAACAGCUACUAAGGGCAGCGGCGGAGGAGAAGCAGGGGGGGCGGGCUUUUGGGCGUCAUUUGGGGUUAAAAAGGGCACGUUGAGACGCAACAGCGGCCCCUAUUGCAUCUGAGAACUGAGGCGGGAAUGCAGAUCUCCAUCUCGUGUUUAGAAAUCUGUGGUGUUGAAGGAAAAUGUUGGACAAAAACGUCAUUGUGAAAUCCCGAUUCGCCUGAAUGGAAAUGGCGCUACAGCGACAUCUGUCCCACACAGAGACUCGUUUUUACCCUUUUACGGUGUGCUCGCAAAGACACGCCCACAGACCGGCCUCCUUGACGCUGAACUGGGAGCUACCAAAACCCUUUCUACGAGCUUCCUUAGUGAGGAGAUGGCACGACGAGGUCAGACCCUCACCCCCGUUUCCCAGGAUGUGCGCUUCUUGUCCCUCAUCACCUCAGGUAUUCUCCCACCCGGGCUGCUGUAUCAGCCUCGCCCCCUCAGGCUAACUGGCAUGUAAUGCUAACUUCACCCCUAAAACAAGUAACAAUGUUGUGCAGGAAAUAUUUUGUAUGGUUUCUCGUAUUUCUAUCGAACAAAGUAUAAUUGGAAAAUAUUGAGGUGUUUUUAGGGGGAAGCGUUUAGAGGGCUGGAAUACUAAAGGUGGAGACCGAGCCAGAAGCACUAAGCAGUGUGAGGACGUAGGUAUGUCAGGGCACUGAAGUCCUGAGAAUAACCCUUUAACCUCUUAAGUAGGUACACACUCAAGCCAUCAUGCUUUGAUGUUUGUCAUAGCAACAUUUUGAUUUUUUUUAUGUAUAUAUAUAUUUUUGGUAAUGUAAAGGCUACAGCAAUUCUUAGCUUAGGCAGGAUCAUCAGACAUGAUUGCAAGAGACUGCCUUUCAGUUGUAUGAACCUCUCAUGCACAAUCAAUCUUAAUCUUCUGUUAUUACUUUUAUAUAUAUAUGUAGAAUAAAUGUUUAAAUUUAAGAACCUUCUGUCAUAGGACAAUGUAUUCUAUACAGUCCAGAUCUUCCAGUACCUUUUUUUUUCUUGUUGGUAUAUUUUUCUUUGCAGUUACGUCAGUUUCCGUUUUCUUUCGGUGGAAAAACUUAAAAUCGGGUCAGAAGUAUUUUGUAAUGUCCAGAUUUCAUAAAUAUGCAAGCUUAAAACCAAAGGUUAAUACUCAUUUUAUAAGCAAAAAGUCUUUCUUUGGUUCGUGAACGUUCUAUUAAUUUUUACUUGCGAAAUGUUAAGAGUUCUAACUGGAAAAGAUCUAGCUUGAGGCAAGCGCCGGACACACAUCUCUUGGUUGGCCAAAUAAAUAAGUUGCAAAAUA